UUCCGCUGUUCAUGCCCAAUCCGUCGUGGAAAUUCCAAAGACAAGUCAAGAGUAAAAUGUGGAAAAGGUGGAAACUGUUCCACGCUACAGACUUUCAAUCUCUGAUGUAUCCCUGUUUCACUUUCUCUCGCAUUCUUGGAAUAUUUCCGUACAAGAUCAACGCUUCGAUCUUCGAGGCAUCAAGAUCGCGUUACAUCUUAUUAACUAUCAUUACCUGCGUCAUCUGCGUUUUUCAACUGGCAAAGAUCUAUGAAAUCAAUAUAUUGACAGCCAGGGAGACGACGGUAUCCCAAAAAAUUCAGGACAACUGUUUUUCUACGUUUCUAAGUUUCACAGUAAUCGUCUCGUCCAUUUUGAGUGGUCCACAAAUGCGUUUACUACAGACCAUAUUAGAAGUCUCUUCAAAAUUGCCUCGGAAAUCUUAUGAGAAACUAUCAAAAUUGAUACACGUCAAGGAUAUUUUCGGUUUCUUCUUCUUAGUAGGCCAAUUGUUGCUGACAUUUCUAAAGUUUGCAAAACGACACAGAGAUAACAUUACUUUCACUUAUUCAACAGAAAUAAUGGAAUAUUACAUCGAUCUUCAGAUAUUUCAAAUAAAUAUGCUAUAUGUCAAUUGUGUUUGUAUAUUAAAAGCCUGUUUCAAAAGAAUCGAUGACAAUCUGACGAAUCUACGAGAGCUCAUGAUAAACGAUAAGUCGCAUGUUCCUAGAUUGAUUUAUUACCAGCAAAGAAACCUACUUCUGCUAGAAGAACUCAAGACUCUAGAAAAGCAGUAUCUGAUGGUUAGCGACACAGUGCAAAUGCUGAAUAUAAUUUUCAGUCCGCAGCUCCUCGCAACCAUCGCUAUAGCCUUCAUCGAGAUUACUUUCGAAAUAUACAUGCACAUAGUGCAGUGGAAAAACGGGCUGUCUAUCAAUCUGACUAAGCAGAUUCAUAACACAUUCUUCCUAUCUUAUAUGUUGUAUCAUGUUACAAAAAUAAUGUUAAUAGUGUGGGCCUGCGAAACCGGCAAGAAACAAGCCGCCAAAAUUAACACCACUGUUCAUGAUGUUCUUAACAGCACCAGCGACGAGCAAAUAAAAAAUGAGUUGCAUCUGUUUUCUUUGCAAAUACUGCAUCGCGACAACACAUUUUCUGCGAAAGGUCUUACUGUGGAUGCGACGUUUCUCACUGCCAUGGUGGGUACUAUUACUACGUACCUUUUAAUUCUAAUACAAUUCUUGAUCACAUCGCAUUCUUGCGACGGUAAGAUUGCAAUCAAUGUUAUACACUCGAAUUAAAAAAAAUAUUAAUAAA